AUGCCCAUAAAGUAUCGUUCCAUCGCUUUCAAGCCGAGUACCACCGUAGCGGGCCUUAUCAACAAGCGGACGAUUGCAAAGAAUCGGCUUGAUUUGGAUAUCAGCAGGAUUUGGUGCAUAUGGCUAUCAUUGUGUGCGGACUAUUCAGCAUUCUACUUGUCUUCUGGUUCUUUGGGAUUUUCAUGGAUGCAGCUGUCAUUGGAUGUCGACAUGUUUUCUAUGUGGUCUAUUCAGCAAGCUACUUGUCUUCUGGUUUGGGGUUUCAUGGAUGAAGCUAUCAUUGAAUGUCAACAUGUUUUCGUGCUUAUGGCUGUCAUUGGUAAAUAG